AUGUGGCUUGACCGGCUUGCAAUUCGGCCGUUCUGGUUGGUGCUGCUCGGAAGCUCAUCAACAGGAAGAGAAGAAGAGAAGAGGAAAAGUGCAAACCGGAUUGGCGACGGUCUGGACGACUCGACGACUGCCGACGACUGCCCGACCAUACGCGGCAUCGGCCAUCGACAGUCGAGUCCAACAGACGGGCAUGCCAUGGUCUCGCGGCGCUGUUCCCCUGACCUCGCCGUCGCGCCUGUCCGGUUCUGUUACUCGCGCCGUCUUGCCAGCAACGUACCCGGUCCGCUCGAAAGCCGUCGCCGGCUGGGCAAGCGCCAGAUGGCCGACCUGCAUCUGCACCUGCAUCUGCACCCGGCCGCGCUGCCGGCUGCCUGGACCAGCGCGGCCACGUCUGCCGCGGCCGAUCUGCGCCGUCAGUGGCAGUGGACGCCGCCGCGGGACGCUGCUGCCCGGCUGGCACGCGAGGCUGACGUCCGUGGCGUGCGCGAGGCCCAGAACGCAUGGGCUGCCGUGGUCGAGGCCAUGCCGACCUGGCUGUCCAGGAUGAUAGAGGGAAAGAGAGGGGGAGAAGGAGAGAGCGAAAAAACCGAGGUCGACACUCUCAGAGACAUCCCUAGAACAUCCCACGCCACAGCGCAGACCCUGCUUUCCGAGAUGGACGCCUCUUUGGACCCUUCCUUUCUCGACGCCUUUCACACCCAAUUGCGCCUUGCCGCUCUCGAGCCCGACCACGCUCUCGCCAUCUUCGAUCGGCUCUGGCUCCGACAACAAGGUCUGUCUGAUGUCGCCGCUCUCUUUGCUGCCGUUCUCGAUGGUGUCCGCAGCUGUCGCCUUCUGCAGCCUCACGACCUCGGUCCCGCCUUCUGGCACCGGUUGCUCCUCUGUGCUGCUGACGCCGUGACCACAAACACAAUGACAGCCACCAUGUCUGGCCAUCUCGCUGCCGAGAUCCUCUUGACUGCACCACCCGAGAUCGUUCGCCAGCUCGACCCCAACACUACCCUGCCGCUUCUGCUGGCUGCCGCCAUGACGACCGGGUCCACCGCUGCGAUACGGUGGUCUUCUUCCUCGUUGACCCCCUCUCCCACCGCCAGUGCUGCCUGGACCAGCGCCAAGCUACAGCGCCAGCUCGACGCUAUCGAAGUCGCCUGUUCUGCUGGCGACCUCUCUCGGGCCACUACCGCCCUCCAGACCGCUCGUGGCCUGCACCAGUCUCUUGUGCGCACACUCUGGCUGGCCGGCCGGCUACUCUCGCCCGACCACGUCUUUGCGGUCGCCAUGGCUGCUGUUCUGCACGAUGUCGACCCCGUCGCUCUCGUUGCCGCCACCAACAGCCGGCUGCAGCAGAUGCCGAUGCAGAAACACCUCUCCCAAGCCACCCGCCACCGCUGGCUUCUCCUCUUGGCCCAUCUGCCACAUGUUCGCCAGGACGGCUUCUUUCCGGCUCUGCACAUCUGGGGUGCCGGCCUCAGCCUCCCGCAGCUUUGUCGCCUCUUGCUCGCCCACUGGCACAGCCGCGGCUACGUCACCGAACAGGCCGCCCUCUCGUUUGACCGCUUUGCUGUCGAUGGCCACAAUCUCGACCACAUCGCCCUCGCCGCUCUCGCCCUCGCCGCCUUCCGCUCCAAGCAUAGUCGCUCGCGCUGUGUGGCCCUCCUUCUCAGCCUCUGUCGCUCGCUGCAGCUGCUUGGCCGCGAUGCCCCGACCGAACUCGCCCGUUCUGUCGAAGCCUUGGCUGCUUCUGCUUCUUCCACCACCUUCACCACCCUCCCCCCCUCCUUUCUCGAGGCUGUCGCCUGGGCUGCCGACGACGUCAACGCCCUCCUUCGGCUCUACGCCGUCUAUGCUGCCCAGCCGAAUCGCUCGCCCUCUGCCGCCUGGAGCAUCGCCUUCUGGGAUAAAUUUGCCGACCGCAUGGCUGCUGGCCUCGACGACGGUUCUCUCUCCCUCACCCAGGUCGCCUAUCUCCUCGAUCUGCCUGGCUCUGGCCACGCCAAGACAAAGACGCAAAAGACCCAGACUCAGAAAGGCAUCAAGAGUCCCACCAUCCGACUUGUCGAGCGGCUCGCUGCUCAAUAUGCUCUCGAUCCCAGCGUGUCCUCGAGACAGGCUCUUCGCGGCGUCGAGCUCUGUCGCACCUUUCUGCGUCGCCACCGCCGAGGACCUAUCCCCGUACCCUCGCCCACUACUCUUCGCGCCCUCUUCCACCUCGUCACCCGCGAUUUCCACAACGCCCAGCCUGGCCGCACCACCCGUCUGCGCUGGUACCUCACUGCCGUCGAGCAGGAGCACGGUCCCGACGUCGCUCGUACCAGCGCUCUCGCCCUGGCCCGCUGGCGUGUCUUGGCCAUUCAGGCUGGACACCGUCACGACAAGGGCCUGAUAUCUUGCCAGAACAUCUAUACGCCAACAGAUCCAGACGUCCUGGUGGCCCGUCGCUCUGGCGAGACCGCUCUGCUUCCUAGCAUCCGGCCAAGUGAACGCCAAGAAGGCAAGAACCAGGUGUCUGGUAGGACGGCUGAAGCUUUUGCCGAGAUAUGCCGAACUGCACGACCGCUCACGUUCUGUGUAUCGCAGCAGGCUGCUUACCCGUGCGGCAGCACAGACAUCCUCUCCCCUCUCUGCAAGCUUCACACAAUCGAAUGGGACAUGGAUUGGCACAUGCAUCAGCAGAGCAACAUCCCGACCGAGGAGCUCCCGCUCGUGAAGACAGAGGCUAGUAUCCAUAUGGCCAGCUUCGCCGACCAUUGCGGAACCUUUGGCCUUGCCCACGCAUAUCUCGGCGACAGCGGCAGCUCACAGGCCGUGCCAGCAACACCAGGCGACGAACCGGCCAUGGCGGCGACAAAGAGGCGCAUGCGGUCCAUCAAGUCGUGCCUCGAAUGCCGUCGACGCAAGCUCAAGUGCACCAAGUCGCAGCCAUGCCGGAACUGCGCCAAGGCUGACCGGCUGUGCCUUUAUCUCGGCCACGAUCUGGACGCCCUCAGCAAGAUGCAGAUCAAUGGAAUCAAGGAAAAGGUCGCCUGGCUCGAGCGGGAGCUCGAAAAGACGGCGCGGAGUCGUCAGCGCCUGCGCACAGAUGUGACCAUGCCGUUCCGAGUCCCGCAACAAGCACAGCCAGCCGUGGACGUGUCCGGCAUGUCCACGCUCUUGCCGCAGCUCCAACCGUCGCCUCUGGUCGCAGACGAUGACGACGAUGAGAACGAGGACGACAACGGAGGAGACUCGUAUGGCUACAGCCAGGACAUGGUCGACCUGGGCAUUCGCGUCGGCAGAAUGCGCAUCACCGAGUGGAUCGGAGGUCUGAACCGGCCGCGUCUGGCCGAGGAGAUCGAAAUGAGGCUCUCCGGCACCGGGACCUCUGCAGUCAAAGAUGUCGAUUCCAACAGGAAGAGAAAAGGCGGCUGUAUUGGUGAGAUCCCCGACUUUCUGCUGCCGUCCGACGACUACAUCAUGCCGGCCAGUAACCUCUGCUGCGGCCCCUUUGCUGCCAAUCCGCCGGUACAGCAGCUGCUGCCGCCGCCGGCCGUCUGCCGUCUUCUCAGCCGCAGAUACCGCGUGUCCGUGCAUCCGGUGGCGCCCUGUCUGCACUGGCCAUCGUUUGUGCCGCAGCUGUCGUCGUUCCUGUCCGAGGUCGCCGGCCAGCCGAUUCGACCGUCCCGAUCGCCCCGACCGUCGCUGCAGGCGCUCGCCUUUGCCGUGCUCUUUUCUGCUGCCGUGGCAACAGACGAGGCCGAGGCCGCCGAAAUGGCCGCUGCCUGGUCGCUGUCGUCGGCCAGUCCGGCCGCCAGCCGCGUGCAGCUCGUCCGGGCUGUGCAGUGUGGCCUCGAGGCGUCACUCACAGCCGCCGACUUUCUGCACACCACAUGCAUCGAGACGCUUCAGGCGUUUGUGCUGUAUCUCAUCACCCUGUGCCGCGCCGAGAUCUCGCGUGCUCACUCUGUUCUUGUCAGUGCCGCCAUCCGCAUGGCCGAGUGCAUGGGUCUUCAUCGCGACGGCCAGGCCUUGUGUCUCACGCCGCUCGAGGUUCACAUCCGUCGCCUGCUCUGGCACCAGCUCUGCUUCCUCGACAUCCGCACCUGUGAGGCUCAGGGCCCUCGACCUACCAUCCGCGCAGACGACUAUGACACCCGCCUGCCUCUCAAUUGCCGCGAGGAGGACCUGCAGAUUGCCAGCUCGCGCUCUCCGUCGCCCUCUUCCGCCUGGACACCUAUGUUGCUAGCCGUCAUUCGCUUCGAUAUUAACGAGAUGAUGCGCGUCGUCUGGAACGACCGCCGUCGCCUCGAGGCCCAUCGCAUCUCGCUGGCCGACGUCAUGACCAAGAUCGAGCACUUUCGCCGCCACAUCUUUGCAAAGUACGAGCCGCUGCUCGAGCCCAGCGACUGCGACAGCAACAAUACCGCCGCUUCCCGUCGUUAUACCCGCCUCGUCAUGCAACUGCUCGUCUUUCGCCUGCACGUCAUGGUCCUGCAUCCCUACCACGCCAACACGACGACACCACUGCCCGACGACCUGACGUCCAUCCUGCUCAAGAGCGGCGUCAUGAUCGUCGAGACUGCCGCCCAGAUCGAGACUAAUCCGUCUUUUGCUCCCUGGCGCUGGUAUGGCGGCACCUACCAGCAGUACCAGGUCGCUUUGCUGCUGGCUACCGAGGUCUUCUUCCGUCCCGACUCGCCCUUCCACCAGCGCAUCUGGCGCUGCCUGCAUUUUGUCUUCGAUGUCGAUCCGUCUCGUCCGAGCCAGGAGAAGAGCAAGGCCAUCCUGCGCGAGAUCAUGCACAAGACUGCCGUGUACACCCAGCAGCGAUGCAUGCGGGCGCUCACCAACAUUGCCCAGGCCGUACCAGACCGUCAGACAGUGCGGCACGCAAGCACACCAGCAGGAUCCGGAUAUGUCGACAGCACCGAGAAUUCGCCUGCAACUGCCGUUCUCAUUAGUGACAUUGACUCAAAUCACAACCCAUUCGCUGCGCCUUUGGCGUCUCUUCAUCCUGUCCAUGGCCACCAGCGAGAACAACAAAGCCAGUAUCGGCAGCAGCAACAGCAACAACACCACCAGGAACUACCAUGGCACGUCUCACAACAAGUUAUGGAGCAACACAAUCACAACCCACAUCCAAUGGCUGUCGAUAUGGACGACUUCGCCAGCGAUCCAUCAUUACACAUGGCACCACCGCCGCUGUCUUCCAUGCCGCCACCAUCUCUUCAGAUACCUCUACGGCCAAACUUGCGACCAAACUUGCAGUCAAACCUGCAGCCACACCCGCAACCUCUGCAGGCCCCUCCACAACCCCUCUUCUCGCAGAACAUGGCCUUUGCCGGCGUCACCAACGGCGAGGCGCUCUGGAGCCUUCCACAGAGCCAGCAAUCCGGCAUGGAUAGCCCCGAGGGCUUUCCCGGCUGCAGCGUGGAUGCGGCCUUGUUUAUCCCGCCGGUGUAUCCUGCACACCUGCCGCUGCAGAGCUUGGAAGGGCUGAUCUGGGAUGAGUUCGAAAACACGUUCACGACACAGCUGUAG